UAAAGAAGAAAAAAAAAAUUAAAAAAAAAAUCAUGCUAAGUGCUCAUGAGUGAUUAUUAUUAAGCUUAAGCGGCUAUAUGAAGUUGAAACAUGACGACGGAUCAUACAAAGGAAAUUUCUGAUCUUCUAACGAAAUACAAAUCAAUAUUAAUACAAGAUUUACUUACGAAUAAAGCAGUAUUACAGUCGCUCGUCGAUGAGACGGUGAUUGACAAAAAUGAUUUAGAUUUUCUGUUAAAAACGGACGAUAAUGAGAAUGAGAAUGAAUUGAAUGAUAAGAAAUGUCAAUAUUUGAUCGAUUUAAUCUCAAAGGAAGGACUAAAGUGCUUCAAAAGAUUUUGUUAUUCGAUCGAAAGUGAAUGUAAAAUACUCAUUGCUGCUCUUAUAAACGACAGUUUAAAUUACGGAAAUUCACCAAAGAAUUCCAAUGGGGAAUCAUCAGCAUCAUCAACCAAUGACAGACUUAUUCUACAAAAUCUGCCAUUUAGGUGCUCAAACAUUAUGUCAUCUGUUGGUAAUCCAAACAGAUAG